GAUCCACUGAGAUUCUUCUCUGGCAUCGUACGUCUCAGCGUUUGCGCUCUACCCAAAUACGACUUUCUUGUGUUGCCUCACGCACCGACUUCACCACCAUGCGCUGCGCCGCCCGCCUUCCACUUCUGUGUGCAGCACUGCUGCUGCUGUGCUCGAUGCCCGCGUCUGCGUGGUGGGCUAAAGGACACAUGGCAGUGGCCCUCAUCGCGCAGCGCCACAUGAGCGACGCCGCGGUGGCGAAGACCAACCUGUCGGCCAACGUGCUGUGCAAGACGGGCCCAUACCCGAAGAGUCCCGACAUGGUGCAGUCCGCUUCGUGGCCGGACGACAUUAAGGAGAUCGGGUUCAACACCAUGUCGAGCUGGCACUUCAUCAACACGCCGUACUACACCGAUGACUUCCGGCUGCCUGUGUCACCGCUGCAGUCGGUGAACGUGGUGACGGUGAUCCCGAUGCUGCUCAAGGCGCUGAAGAACCCGCAGGCGACAUCGGAGAUCAUUGCGCAGUCGGCGUCCCUGCUGAUCCACUUCAUGGGCGACAUCCACCAGCCGCUGCACAACGUGAACAUCUUUUCCCAUAAGUACCCGAACAGCGACCUGGGCGGCAACAUGCAAACAGUGACAAUUGACGAUGCAGGAACAAAGAUGAAGCUGCACAUGUACUGGGACUCCAUCGCGGAGGGCAACGCUGGCGACGACGUACCGCGCCCGCUGUUCCCUGACGACUACAAGGAUUUGAACAACUUCGUGGACUACCUGGAGGCCACGUACGCCUCGACGUUGACGGACGCGGACAAGACGCUGCAAGACCCGGCGAAGAUCACCGUGGAGACGUACGACCUUGCGAUCAAGUACGCGUACCCCGGCGCAGACGAUGGUGCGACGCUGACGGAGGAAUACAAGGCCAACGCGAAGAAGGUGGCUGAGCGCCAGGUGCUGCUGGCCGGCUAUCGCCUCGCGCUGAUGUUGAACGAAACGAUGAAGUCGGUGAACACGAGUGCAAUCACGGAGGGCAUGAAGAACGUGGAGGCGGAGGUGCCAACGACAGACAACACGACACGCGUGAAUCACUACGUUCAGAAAGGCCUCAGCUCGGGUGCGACGGCCGGCAUUGCGGUGGUGCUCUUCUGCGUCGGCGUCAUCAUCGCUGCUAUUGUGGUGGCGGUGCUUCAGCGCUGCGGUCGGACGAAGGACCAGAUGGGCCAGUAUCAGGAGCUUGGUGUUUAA